CAUCGAUGGUGACAGGGAAACAUCCAUUGGCUGCCUCUGACACCCCCCCUCCUGGGGGUCGUGCCUGCAACCGGGCGAUGUACCCUGACUGGGAGUCGAACCGCGAUCUCUUGGUUCAUAGGUUGACGUUCAAGCACCGAGCCACACCGGCCCGGUGGCUGACGACUCUUAUAUGUGAUUUUAUUUACCUUAUGUAAACUUAUAUAACCUGAAUUUGGGGGUCAAAAAAUAUAAUAUACUUAAGGUUUGUCUUAUGAUAUAUAUAUAAAAAGAACACGAUCUUAGUGUCCCUUGUAUUUAAACACUUAGAGGUAAAAAACAAAUGCUAGAUUUGGCAACGGCCGUGCCUGUGGGUUCAUUGAGGUGAGAGUUGCAAGGACGCGGGGCUAGAGCCUAGGCUCAGAAGGCAGCAGGCCAUGGGCAUCCUGACUGAGCUUCGCCUCUGUGCUCUGUUUACUUCCUGGCAUGCAGUGUGGCCAAAUAAAUACACGAAUACAUACCACACACACAUAAAUACACACACAUGCACAGUGGGCGUGUGUAUACGUGUAUAUGUGUGCACCUGCGUGGUAACCCCCUGCCUUGGCUUCCUCCUCACCAUUUCGCCCCAUGUGAAGUGUGGUAGCUUGUUUGUAAGUGUGGGCCUCAGCAGUUCCUCAUUUCCACACACCCACCUUUGCACUGGGACAUUCCCACAUGUCCCAUUAAGAGGAGGGGUUCGUUUCAGCCCCCUUGGGCUUGGACUGGCCUCAUGACUGACGCUGACCAGCACAGCAAAGUGGGACUGGAAAUGUGCCCGACCUGAACCCAGGCUUCAUGAAGGAGCCUUGUGCACGUGAACUUGCUCUUUUGGAUCUUGUCCACCAACCUGUGAAAGAGCCCAGGCUAUUAUGUGUUUCCACUAACAGCUACCAGGAACCACCAGACAUGAGACAUGGGUUCCCUGAGGCAAGUGUGACCCUGAAGUCCAGCCUUGCAGCCACGGCCUGACAGCCAGCUGGGCAGGGUGAGCAGCAUGGAUGGCAUAAUUGAACAGAGGAGCAUGCUGAUGCACAGUAAAAUCACCGAUGCUGGCAAGAGGAAUGGCCUAAUUAACACCAGAAACUUCAUGGCCGAGAGCAGAGAUGGCCUGGUGUCUGUCUACCCAGCCCCCCAGUACCAGAACUGCCGGCUGGCAGGCAGUGCAGCACCAGCCGCCCUGGACGGCAGCAGGAAUGAGCCAGUCCAGCAGCUGCUGGACCCCAACACCCUUCAGCAGUCAGUGGAGUCCCACUACCAUCCUAACAUCAUCCUCUACUCGGAGGGCAUGCUGCGCUCCUGGGGGGAUGGCGUGGCUGCUGACUGCUGCGAGACCACUUUCAUUGAGGACCGCUCGCCCACCAAAGAGAGCCUGGAGUACCCCGAUGGGAAGUUCAUUGACCUCUCAGCUGAUGACAUCAAAAUCCACACCCUCUCCUACGAUGUAGAGGAGGAAGAGGAGUUUCAGGAGCUGGAGAGCAACUACUCCAGUGACACAGAGAGCGAGGACAACUUCCUCAUGAUGCCCCCACGGGACCACCUGGGCCUCAGCGUCUUCUCCAUGCUCUGCUGCUUCUGGCCUCUGGGUAUUGCAGCCUUCUACCUGUCCCACGAGACCAAUAAAGCCGUGGCCAAGGGGGACUUCCACCAGGCCAGCACCAGCUCCCGGCGGGCCCUGUUCCUGGCUGUGCUCUCCAUCACGAUCGGGACCGGCAUCUACGUGGGCGUGGCCGUGGCCCUCAUUGCCUACCUCUCCAAGAACAGUCACCUGUGAGCUCCUCUGGCACAAGGGGAACAACUUGGGCCAGCUUCGUGCAGACGCAGAGCACGCAGGGCGAGCGAGGGAGGAACACCUGUGUGAUGCUGUAGAGUAUAAUUUAUUGCCAAACGACUCGAUAACACCUUGACACUUUCUGCCCGUGGAGAUUUCUUUCAUUUUACCCUUUAAUUUUAUUUUCACAACACUGUAAAACACAAGACAGAUGGGCACUGCUAACCCUUCCAACUGGAAGCUCCAAAGAUCCUUACCCUUGAGGCUGUCUCUGGAUGGAUUCUGCUGGAUUAGUGGCAGUGCAGCUCUCUCUGCCGCCUGCCAGUGCCUGGAAAGCCAUAGCAUUAGCAAUACACAAACAGUAAAAAUGUGUUUAUUUUUUAUGGACUAUGGUGCAAUAGACGGAAGGUGGGGACGUGUCACUCUUCCGUCUGUUGCCCUGCUUGACUCCUCUGUCAUUCUCCCUGCCCGUGUACCUUCCCUAUGGAAAGAAAACAGGGCUGAGCAGAAAGACAGACAGAACUUCUGGCAGGAACCCCAUUGUCACUGGUCUUCGGUGGGUCCAGCCCUGAGUGCAGUCAGAAUAGUGUGGAACCUGUCCCCAGGCUCAGUCUUUCAUUCCCUCCACUCCCCGGCCUAGGGUCAUCCAACCUCCCUUGGAACAUGCCCAAACUUUGCAGUCACCACACAGCAAUCUGCAAUCUUGGGCCUCAUUGGUCUGGGGGGAGAGGGGAGCAGGCCACAGUCUGUCCCAAGACUCCUCCCAGAGGGACACCAAGGUUUACUCCUGGAAUUCAAGGUGAAGGAGCUGUGGACACCAUCUCAGCGAAAGGACAAGCGUUGGCACUCACCUUGGUGACACCCAGUGGCACUAGUGAUCUUAGCAGGAGAUGAACAUUCUCCAUUGACUAAAUGAAUAGCUAUUUUCUUGUCAUUUUUUAAAAGUGCAACAAUUGCUUCAUGCUGCUUACGUUAUCAGAUGAAUGCUGAGAAAUAAUCAGACAUUUUUAAACCGUUUCGCUGCUGUUUCCCGAGUGUUCAUUAUUUAACAAAAAUUACUUUUUA